AUGGCUAAUUUCCACCCAUCCCUUGAAAAUUUUGAAGCAAAGCCUGGAGGAGCUGGGAAAAUGGAAGUGUGUGGAAGAUGGUUGAGCAGAAACGGACGUUUGCAGCUUACAGACCUCACCGAGAGCUGGUCAAGGAAGAAGAGAAUUGAGGCCAUGGUGAUUUGGGCAAGCGUUCAAGACCAAAAAGGCCACCACGACCUCCUGAAGUUGGAGGAGGCCAUAAAGGAAGUCCACGAGGACUUCAAGACCUUGAGGUCGUGCAAGGAAGAAGGUCUAACGGGAGAAAAACUCUACCUUCAUUCGGAUCGGUUUCAUUAUUACCCUGAUAAAGACAUCCUACAGUUCACCCUCGAAACGUUAUGGGUACAGCGGAAAGAAUUGGUCCUCGGAACUUCUCAAGACGUUUGCUCCUCCAGAAGAUCCGCUCGCUAUGCCCAACAAGCCUGUCUCCAAGACCACGAAGAGGAUUGGAGUAAGCCGCCAGAGACCACCCAAAGCAACUCCGACGGUAGAUUGGUUGGUCUGUCCCUGGAGAGACCGAAAAAAAAUGAGUCACUUUCUGGAAGAAAGAUACACUUGAGAGCUCUCUGUUUAUGUGGGAAAAAGAAGGAAAAAUAA